GAAGCAGGCAGAGGCAGAGCUUCUCUCUCAGGCGGGAGUCCCGUGGGAGCCUCCCUAGCUGUGCCCUGGAGAACUGAGAUAAGCUGAGCUGAGCCAAGCCAAACCAAGUGCGGCCAAGUCAAGCAGUUUGAACUGGGCAUCUCGACAGUAUGCACCCUGGGCUACUGCUGGCUACAGUCGGGAUCCUUGUUCAAGUACCAGUAAGAGCCAUCAAUGAAUCCCAUGAGAAAAAGAUAUUUGAUGUAAUUUAUCCACGGAAACGGCAUGUCCUACGUAAGAGAGAUGUAGAGGAAGACCAGGGGCUCAAAAAGCAGGAGAAGUAUGAAGAUCAGGUGCAAUAUGAAAUUGAUUUAAAAGGAAAGACUGUGGUCCUUCACUUGGAAAAAAACAAGGAGCUCCUGUCCCCAGAUUAUGUGGAAGUUCAAUAUUCAUCCACAGGUGAAUCAGUCACUUCGAGCCCUCAGAUCAUGGAAAACUGCUAUUACCAAGGACACAUCCUGAAUGAGGAGAUGUCUACAGCCAGCAUUAGCACCUGUCGGGGUCUAAAGGGCUUCUUUGAACAUAAGGAACAAAGGUACGUUAUUGAACCAUUGGGGCUGGCAAAGGACGAAGAGCAGGAGCAUGCUCUGUACACAUAUGAAAGCCAAGAACAGAACCUUCCUGAGACAUCCUGUGGAGUGGACAUGGUAGAAGAGGGAGAGCCGCUCCUGGAGAAGACUGUGAGGUCAGGCAACAAUGCCGUGAAACAAGAAGACAUGAAUCAAAAGAAAUAUAUCGAGUAUUAUUUGGUCCUGGAUAAUAAAGUGUUUCAAAAGUACAACCAAAAUCCAGAGGAAAUAAGACAGAGGGUUUUUGAUAUGGUCAACUUCGUCAACAUGUUGUAUAAAAAGCUCAAUAUCCAAGUGGUCUUAGUGGGAGUGGAAAUAUGGACAAAUGGAAAUAAGAUAAAAAUAAGCCCUGAUGCAAAUGUGACUUUGGAGAAUUUCUCAAAUUGGCGAGGGGGUAUUCUCCCCAAAAUGAAGCGCCAUGAUGUUGCCCAAUUAAUAACGGGGAUAGACCUCACUGGACCCAUCGUGGGCUUGGCAUUCAUGUCAACAAUGUGCUCUCCUUAUCACUCCGUUGGCAUUGUACAGGACCACAGUUACGAGCUCCUCAGGGUUGCAGGAACAAUGGCCCAUGAAAUGGGCCAUAAUUUUGGAAUGUACCAUGACACCUAUGUGUGCAAGUGCCCUUCUUCAGUAUGUGUGAUGGAUCGGGCACUCAGCUUUUAUAUACCCAAGGACUUCAGUUCCUGUAGUCGCAACAGCUUAGAGAAAUUCCUGAGAAUGGCAUCACCGAGCUGCCUGAAGAAUGUCCCUUUACCUAGUGAUAUAAUAUCCACCCCUAUCUGUGGGAACCUGCUAGUAGAAUCAGGAGAAGAAUGUGAUUGUGGGUCCCCAGAGGAAUGUACCAAUAUUUGCUGUGAUGCCACAACAUGUAAAAUCAAGCCAAAUUUUAAGUGUGCAUUUGGAGAAUGCUGUGAAAAUUGCCAGAUCAAAAAAGCUGGGACCCUGUGUAGGCCAACAAAAGAUGACUGUGACCUGCCGGAAAUGUGUGAUGGCAAGUCUGAGAGCUGUCCCGAAGACCGAUUCCGAGUCAACAGAUUUCCCUGCCAGAAUGGGCAAGGCCACUGCCUGAUGGGGAAGUGCCCGACCCUGCAGGACCAGUGUGUCAGUCUUUGGGGGGAAGGGGCUCAAGUUGCUGAAAAGUCAUGUUUCGACAUAAACACUGCUGGUUUGAUUUAUGGUUAUUGCCGAAAGGUGGAUGACAUCUACGUUCCUUGUAAAGCAUGGAGUUCUACGUGUGGCAAGUUAUACUGUUAUGGAGGGUCAGAUGUUUUGCCCUGGAAGGGAAAGAUCAUGUCUUUUCUGAACUGCAAAACAUUCUCAUCAGAACACAAUAACCAAGAGGUUUCCAUGGUGGCUAAUGGAACCAAAUGUGGAAACAUGAGUGUAUGCAUCAGUGGAGAUUGUAUAGACAUUGAGAAUGCCUACAAGACAUCAAAUUGUUCUUCAAAGUGCAAAGGACAUGCAGUCUGUGACCAUGAGCUUCAGUGUCAAUGUGAAGAAGGAUGGUUACCUCCCAACUGUGACAAUUCCACCAUUGUUUUCUAUUUUUCCAUUGUGAUGGGUAUACUGGUUGCACUCUCCAUGAUAGUUAUCAUUGCUGUGAUUAUCAUCCGACAUCAGAGCAAAGCUAAGAGGAAAAAAAAUAUGAGCCAGUCCUGCCCCACCUCAGGCUCCAAACCAAGGCAAUGGAGACCAAUGAAGAAACAACAGGAAAUACAAAGCACUCAUUGUCACGAGAUGGGUCCCGUGAGUCCACCUGUGUCUACACCUCCAAUGGAAAGUAAUAAACCACCACUUUCUUCUCUGAUUAUGAAGCCAACCUUUCCACCGCCUCUUAUUCCUACAACCAGGUCCUCAUUUGUCCACCCAGGCACACAUCCCCAAGCUUGAAGCAUCUGCACAAGGAUAGGUGAACAAUCCAGAAAUCCAGAAGAUAGGACAGGAAUCUGGGCAGAAGAAAAGACCUCCAUUCAUUUUUCAGGAUCAAGGUUCUGGUGGACCUCAGUAGAUAGAACAUUCAAUCUUCAAGGGAAAUGUGCUCUAAUGGAACAAUGAUGGAACUUCUUCACCAAAAGGUGUCAUUAUGGGGCAAAAUAGAAGAGGCCGGAAUAGAGUGGAGUGAUGAUUUAAGGGCCUGACUAGCUCCCUGGUUCACCAGAGACAGGAGAAGGGGAUAAUGUUCAAAGCUUGAAUGCAGAGUUAGGAAUGGAGUGUGAAUCUGUGAUUUCACUGGUAUAGGGAAUUUCUAGGUGAGUAAACUCCCUCCACCAAUGCAGAUUAGCAUCUUCUCUGUAACUUAAAAUCUUAAAGAGUUUCCUAGAACACAGAGAUGAUGUGACUUACCCAGGGUCACACACCCAGGACGUGUCAGAAGCGCAACUUGAAUCCAGAUCUUCCUAGCUUCAAGGACAGAUCUCUCUCCACUAUACCACCCUGAAUUUAAAAACAAAAUAAAACAAAACAAAACCAUAAAAUUUCCCAUUGUCCUUCGAUGGUGACUUCUGCACAUCACUCCCUAACUUGCCUUGAGUGCCCUAGGAGGCUUAUCCAUUUGUUAGCCAGUGACAUUUACAAACACAAAAGCCAAUGUUUCAGACCUGAUGAUGUCAUAAACACUGUUAGAUACUAUCUUUUCCCAUAGCAAAGGAUGGGGAAGCCCUUUAUGAGGGAGUCUGGCUCUCUCAUUUUGGAGUGGAGGAAACUGAGACCCAGAGAGGUUAAUGGACUUGUACCUCCAACCUCCACCUUAAAGAAUCUCUGGCUUUGCUUCUUCAAAGCUUAGCUCGGGUUCUAUAUCCUACAUAAGGCUUCCCUCACCUCUUACUGACCCUUUCUCUCUCUUGAAAUUACUUUGUAUUUUUGUAUAUACCUUGUAUUUACUUCUACAAAUGUGAUUUCCCUUUCGUAGAGUGUAAGCCCCCUGAGGGUAGGAACAGUUUAAUUUUUGACUUUGUAUUCUCAGCACUUAGCACAAUGCCUGUUUCAUGAAAGGAACUUAAUAAAUGUUUAUUGACUUGAGCCAGGAGAAGAAUCAAAUUCAAACCUAGGUCUUCUGAUGUCAAAUCCAGCCUUCUUUGCAUUAAUCCAUAUUGUCUCGCAAUACUUAUGUACACCCUGAGCGUGUCAAAUCAACAUCUCAUUAAAUCGGUUUUCCCUUCAAUUAAUGCUAA